AAGCAUUGCCUAUAUUGUCACAAGAUGAAUAUUGUUUUUUAUGACGAACCAGGAGUAGCCUAUUUGAUGUUAACACAGGCUAGUUUGCUAAAUAGCCUCAGUGGAUAUUGAUGCUAGAAAUAAACUACUAUCGACCGCUGGAGAGGUUUUGCCCCAAGAUGACCAGUCUGGCUGCUAAGUAUGCGUAUUUGGAGAAAUUCGCGAGUAAAGUGAUAUCUCAACCGACUGAAUUCAGAGGACGAGAGUAUGUUCCAUUCAAGGGAAACAGCAGUGCAGAUGGUCCCUCUAAAAAGAAGAAGAAGAACAAACAGAAACAGAAACAGACACCGACUCAAGGGAACCAAACAAAUAAACAGCCUGCCUCCAAGACCAGCAUGAUCACAGACACUAGUGCAGUCCGGAAAAGGACCAACGCUGUCAGUAAAGAGGCUACAAAGCCCAAAAUUCAGAAAUCUACUGCAACGAACCCAAGCAAGACACCAGAGGAAGGUGAAACUCCAGGGUCAGAGUUCUCUGCAACAGAUAUAUUACGCCAAAGACUUCACCAGAAAAUUGAGGAGACGCGUGGACUGGGUAUAGAUCCCUCCUCUGAGGAGGUGAAGAGGAGACGAGAGAGGCGGAAACAGGAGAGGGAGCGAAAGAAGAGGAAAAAGAAAUCGUUCCGUGCGAAAAGGAUGGCAGAGGAAGCCGCCGCUGAAGAGGAGGGCAACCAGGAAGAUGCACCAGAGGUUCCACCUGCCCAGACAGACGAGCCAGCCGAGGAGGACCUGACUACUGUGGUGUUUAGCAAGGUGGAGGUGGGCGAGGAGUAUGUAGACAAGGCCAUUCAGAAGAAGGAGAAGAAGAAGCGGGUGAAGGGUGGCCUCACACCUCUGACGGGCAAAAACUACAAGCAGCUGCUGACCCGGGUGCAGGCCAGGAACGCGAAACUGGAGGAUCUGAGGGAGAAGGACCCGGCCAAGGCCGAGAAGGAGGAGGAGAAGAUGAAAUGGACCAACAUGUUGUACAAGGCGGAGGGCUUGAAGAUCAAAGACAAUGAAGACAUGCUGAAGGCCUCGCUGAAGAAGAAGGAGAAGAGAAAGAUUCAGGUCAAGAGGAAGUGGACGGAGAGGAGCCAGCAAGUGGUGGACAAGAUGCAGCACCGACAGGACAAGAGGCGCAAGAACCUCCAGAAACGGAAGACCGGGAAUGUCGAGAAGCGUAAACAGAAAGCCAGGAAGAAAGGUCGUGUGCUGCCCGAGGAUCUAAAGAAGGCUGUGGUCUAGAGGGGUAGUUAGAGGGAGAUUUGGAGAGUAUGAAACUGAGUGGUUUCCCACCAGUUGAGGGAGCGACUGGUAUGAAUGAAUGACUGCCCACUUCAUCAAACUCGAAAACAUUUUACAAAUAUUGAUACAAUGUUUGCAAAGCAAAAAAAACACGGACUGUUUGUUGUAAUAUUGUUUAUAAAGUAUGUUUCUUACUUG